AUGAGGAAAGCUAUGGUCUCUUACUCCUGGCAGGUCCUGAAGAAAGAAAUGGGGUUAUACCAGCUCACCCUGGAUAUCAUUGUGAUGAUCCGAGUAUGUAAAAUGUUCCGCCAAGGCCUCAGGGGAUUUCGUGAAUAUCAGAUCAUUGAGACUGUUCACCGGAAGCACCCUCUCUUCUCCAUCUGGGAUGAAAGGAAGCAGGGUCGAAUCACAUUUGAUACUAUGGAAUUUGUUGCAGAGGAGGGUCACUUGCCUCCAAGGGCAAUUCAGAUUGCACUGAAGAAGCCUUCCUGGAGGACAGAGCAGGAGAUCCAGUCCCUCUGCAACCUCAUGCAGGUUCUGGACAGCUUCCGAAACUAUUCAGAGUCCCUGCAGAUGCUCCUGGCUAAAGUCAUGCGCUUUGAACGGUUUGGUCGCAGGCGUGUGGUAGUCAAGAAGGGGCAGAGGGGCAGCAGCUUUUAUUUUAUCUACCUGGGCACAGUUGCAGUGACUGAGGAUGAGGAUGGCAGCAGUGCCUUCUUGGACCCUCACCCGACAUUGCUACACAAGGGCAACAGUUUUGGGGAAAAGGGCCUUCUGAGUAAUUCAGUAAGAAGGGCCACUGUGGUCUGUAUGGAAGAAACAGAGUUUUUGGUCAUUGACAGAGAGGAUUUCCUUGCUAAUAACAUGGACCAGGAAGUUGAAAAGGAUGCUCAGCAACGGUUUGACUUUUUUAGGGGAUUGGAUCUGUUUGAGUCAUGGUCGGACCAAAAGCUCUGGAAGCUUGUGGGCCUGGGGAAGGUAGAGAAGUUCUCAUAUGGGCAGGUGAUCACAAAAGACUUUGUAGAAUCAUCCUCCGUCAUCUUCAUUUGCAAGGGCACCUGUGAAGUCCUGAGGCUGAUAGACCUGUCAGCUUCCUCUUGCUACUGCAAAUGGAUCUGGCAGCAUCUGCAGCUGGUAGAUGACAACCCUCUGAAGAGCCACCAUACUGAACCUUCUUCUAAAGAAAGAUUCAAGAACUUCAAGAUCAAAUCCUAUCCUCAGCAGGACUUUAGCUCUCUGAAACUUCUGCAUCUCCAGAAAUCCUGGGAGAAAGAAGGGACAUGUUACAAUAUGGAUGAUAAAGCCACAGGAAAUAAUCUCCCAAGAGCCUUGGGCUCAAAGAUCAAAUCCAGGCAUCUUCAACCAAUCAAAUGUCCCAUGGUUAAUACCAAGUAUGGCCAGAUCCCAAAGGCUGCUGUAGUGGGGGCCUACAUGAAGAUCCACACUGUAGAGCAGGGAGAAAGCAUGGGCCUUCACCAGAUCCUUCUUCCAGAGGUCCAACAUGACCUGCGUCCCUUGAUCCUUGUGAGCCUGGGAUCUGAGGUGAUACGGAUGAGGAAAAAAAAGUUUUGUGAACUGAUUGACGGCGAGGUUACAGAAAAAUUGUCCAAGUUACAGAUCCAGUACCCCAGUGAUGAAGAUAUGUGCCAGAAAUUCCUUGAGGAGAACAGCUGGAAUAUCUUUCGGAAGGACCUGGUGCGGCUACUGGUAGCACCUCGCCAAUCUCCACCAUUCAUCCCAAUCCGACUCAAGAAGAAAUCGAUCUAUAACCCCAAGUCUCUGGUCCUGAACUUGCAUUACCUGGAGAAGAAGCCUGAACAUUAUCCCACUUUUAUGGCACCCCAGAAAUACCUACCCCCAUUAAGGAUUGUCCAAGCCAUCUCAGCACCCCGGUACAAAAUCCAAGACGUCCUGCCCCAGUAUAAGAAUGCAGGGGUCCUCGUUUAGAACAAAUAAAUUAUGUUG